AUGUCUCUAUCCGGCUCUAGCGCCGUCCUCCUAAUCAGCCAGGGGUCGGCUGAUUCCUACACCAGUAGACCGUCGGAUUCAGACCUGUCAGCAGAGGAGGACCGCGAGGCGUAUCGGCGUGAAGCCGAGCGCCAGGCACAGCUGCAGCUCGACAGAGCUAAGUCCAAACCUGUAGCGUUUGCAGUAAAGACCAACGUGGGUUACUGUGGAGCUCUGGAUGACGACUGUCCCGUCCAAGGAGCUGCAGUCAAUUUCGAUGCCAAAGACUUCCUGCACAUCAAAGAAAAGUACAAUAAUGACUGGUGGAUCGGUCGGCUCGUCAAGGAGGGAGCGGACAUCACCUUCAUCCCCAGUCCUCUCCGACUGGAGGCCAUGAGACUGAAGCACGAGCAGAGACAGAGGAAAACUGGAGGAAAUUCCUCCAGUUUAGGAGACAUGGUGACUGGGAGCUGGAGGACCACACCGCCAUCUGCAGCCAAACAGAAGCAAAAACAGGAACACGUCCCUCCCUACGACGUGGUGCCCUCUAUGAGGCCGGUGGUCCUCGUGGGACCAUCGCUGAAGGGCUAUGAGGUGACGGACAUGAUGCAGAAAGCCCUUUUUGACUUCCUGAAACACAGAUUCGAUGGAAGAAUCUCAAUCACCCGUGUAACUGCCGACCUGUCUUUAGCCAAGAGGUCCGUCCUUAACAAAAGGCCCAUGAUGGAGAGAUCCAACACUCGCUCCAGCCUCGCCGAGGUUCAGAGUGAGAUCGAGAGGAUAUUCGAACUUGCCAAAACUCUGCAGCUGGUGGUGCUGGACGCCGACACCAUCAACCAUCCUGCACAGCUCGCCAAAACUUCCCUCGCACCCAUCAUCGUCUACGUUAAAGUUUCCUCACCAAAGGUGCUCCAGAGGCUGAUCAAAUCCAGGGGAAAGUCUCAGAGCAAACACCUGAAUGUGCAGCUGAUGGCUUCAGACAAACUCUCUCAGUGUCCUCCGGAUAUGUUUGAUGUCAUUUUGGACGAGAACCAGCUGGAAGACGCCUGCGAGCACUUGGCUGAAUACCUGGAGAUCUACUGGCGCGCCACUCACCUGCCAGGAAACACGCCUCUCAAUCCCUUAUUGGAGCAGAGUCUGAUGACCCCGCCCUCUGCCAUCUCUAGCUUACAGGAGGAGGAAGAGGUGGGUGAGGAGGCCCCCUCCCCCCUGGAGCAGGACAGUCUCAUGCCAUCCGACGAGGCCAGCGACUCCCUGUCCCGCGGCCGCAGGGGGAGCCCAUGCCCGAGGGGGGUCGAGGAGGACGAGGAGGAGGAGGAGGAAGAGGAAGAGGAGGAGGAAGGGGAGGAGGAUGAGUUUGCCUCCCCCUGCCAUGCUCGCACGUACAGGGACAUGUACCCGGCUCAGCGCGGGCACGUGGGCAGCGCUCACAGCGCCAAUGGGCACGAGUCGCAGGACAGGCUGCUCCAGCGUGAGGCUCAGCAGGGUCACAACCAGAGGAACAACCGCCAGCGCAGCCGCCCCUGGCCCAGAGACACCUACUGA